CCAGUGAAGCAGAAGCCCUCCAAGGAGCUGAGGCCCAUGCUCGGGGCCAUCUUGCUGGGCCUCAUCCUGUUCAUUGCCGCCGUGGUGGCCUGGUGCUACUACACCGUGUCCCUGCGCAAGGCCGAGCGGCUCAAGACAGAGCUGAUGGACCUGCGGGCGGAUGGCUUCGUCAUCAGGAACCAGCACGGGGAGGUGGUCUUCCGGCUGGCCUUCCGCUCGGGCAGACUCGACCUGGAGUCGUGCUCCAAGGAGGGCGAGAUUUUGAGCUGCACGCGGUCAGGCGGGGGCCCGCUCAACUUCUUCAUCCAGACAGUGAAGCCCAAGGACACGGUGAUGUGCUACCGUGUGCGCUGGGAGGAGCUGGCGGCCGGCCCGGCGGUGGAGCACACCAUGUUCUGGGAGGACGCCCACUGGUACGGGGGCUCGGAAAUGAGCACCCAGCACUGGCCCAUCCGCCUGGCUGGCUACCAGGACCCCAUGCCCUAUGUGACGAGUGACGUCUACUCCUUCCGCGACAGCUUUGGUGGCAUCCUGGAGCGCUACUGGCUGUCCUCCAAGGCGGCAGCCAUCAAGAUCAAUGACUCUGUCCCCUUCCACCUGGGCUUCAACGCCACUGAGCGCUCCCUCUUCUUCCAGGCUCGUUACAGGGACUCGCCCUACAAACCCCCACCGGGGGAGCAGCCCUUCCCCGAGCUCAGCUACCGAGUGUGUGUGGGCUCCGACGUCACCUCCAUCCACAAGUACAUGGUGCGCAGGUACUUCAACAAGCCCUCCAAGAUCCCUGCUGAGAAUGCCUUCCGAUACCCGAUCUGGUCCACCUGGGCCCUUUACAAGAACGACAUUGACCAGGAUAAGCUCUUGCGAUUUGCUGAAAAUAUUAAGAAGUACCGUUUUAACUGCAGCCACAUUGAAAUUGAUGACAUGUACACACAAACCUAUGGGGACUUUGACUUCGACCCUGUCAAGUUCCCGAAUGUGACAGAGAUGUUUGCAAAACUGAGGGAGGAUGGGUUUAAG